GUUCUUUUUUUGUGCAUAUGUCAACUAGGGUCUGGCUGCUCCAACGGUUAAGACCAUCACUUUACCAAUCCUUGUUAAGAUGGAAUGCCAGUAAAAGAGAUGAAAAAAAUGGGAGUGAAUUUCACAGUUUUUGUCCUAAUGAUCUGAUGAACACUCGCUCUCAUUUUAUGCAGUGUAUCAUCUGUUAGUCAUGGCCGGACAGUCUGAAGGCAACCAAGCAGAGCUUACUACAGCUGAAGCCAAUGUCCCAUGCAUGGCAUUUGUAGAGGUGUUAACCAUGAUGGGCAUCGACAAGAAGCUGGCUGAAAAGGCUGUUCAAACAACUAACAAUGUUUCAGCAGAAGCCGCAGUAGCUUGGGUUUUUCAGAAUGCCGACAUGUCUGCAGGUGGACUACUGGCAGAUGAUCCAAUAGACUUUGAUAAUGUCAAGAUGGUGUUUGCUGUCAAUACCUCCUUGAAGAUGGGAGUCGGUAAAGUAGCUGCUCAAGUAGGCCAUGCAUGCUUGGGUCUCCAUCGGAUACUUAUGAGGGAGCAGGAGCAGUAUGCAGAACAGCUACUACAAUGGGAAGCAGUUGGAGAAGGGAAAAUUGUUUUGAAUGGGGAGUCAAAAGAGCGAUUGGAACAACUUCAGUCUCAGGCUGUUUCUCUUGGUCUUCCCAGCUAUCUGGUGCAAGAUGCGGGCAGAACGCAGAUUCCAGCGGGUUCCUGUACUGUCUUAUCAAUAUUUGGAUUGGCCAGUAAGGUGGAUCUCGUCACUGGCCAACUAAAGCUUCUAUGAUGACGAUAUGCUUUAGAUGAUAAACAUAUUUAUUUGAAGCCAAAAAUAAAUGGCACACAGCUAAAUGUACUGCUCGUUUGAUAUGCAGAAAGGUCUUCAGCUUGCCAAUGCUUGAAUAUGGUCUAGCAGUGAAUCUAGCAGUGAUGAUGUUGGCUGUCUGCUUCUGAAUAUUAUGGACUUUGCAAAUCAACAUGGACUCGGUGAUGGUGUUGUUUUAAAAGACACUGUGUAUUUGGCAUGUUGUCUCUCCCAUGGACAAUCACAAUGGAGGACACAUUUACCUUUAUAUUCCACUUGUCCUAAUUUUAGGAUGCUGAUGCUGCUGAGCACUCCUGUAUCUAGUAAAUUCUGUAAGUGUGUGAUGUGAUGUCAAACUUCAAGAUGAGUGGAUCUGUAGUCAAUAAAUGGUGCUAUUCUGCGUGCACUGACUGAAAUUUGACACUUUAAUGAAUAAGACCAUAUUUAGAGUGUAGACUAGACUCCAAACACACCAAACUCGGUCUAUGUGAAAGCAGCCACAAUAUACAAUGUAUGAUUGAAUGUAUACUCCCACAACUAGAGAGUCUGCAUAUGCACUAUGAAAAAAAGCCCCAAAAGGUCUGUACCUGCAGACUAAAAUGGGACUGUGAAUUAGGUUCUACGAAUGAUCAUUCAAGGCUCACACCAUUUUUAUCCACAUUUUUCUUACUGUCUGCACAUGUUCUCUAUUAUGGUUUAAGUCUGAUCAUUUUUAGCUCAUCCGGCCCGAAGAGCCCGAUGAGCUUAUGCCUUGGCGUGGCGUCUGUCGUCCGUCCACAAUUUCAAAAUGCUUCUUCUUUGUCAUUUCAAGUCCGAUUUCAAUUCUGUUUGCUUUAUAUGAUAGCACUAGGUGGGGGAAAUAUGACUAGAAUUUUUUUAAUGCUAAUUUAUGCGUAUUUUUAGAAAUAUACAUAAACUGCUUUUUCUUCUUUAAUUGUUGACCGAUUUUGAUUUUUUUCUUCCAUCUGGUAGAACUUCAUGAGGUUCACCAAACAUUGACACAGAAUUUUGAAAUUUUGACUAGAAAUUAUUUAAUGCUAAUUUAUGCGUUUUUUUUUAAUUCACAUAAAAUGCUUCUUCUUCUUUAAUUGUUGACCGAUUUUAAUUUUUUUUCUUCCAUCUGGUAAAACUUCAUGAGGUUCACCAAACUUCUGCACAAAAUUUUGAAAUUUUUAUUGGACAAUUAUUCUGCUAAUUUGUGAAAAAUUUAUUCAUAAUCACAAAAAAUAUUUCUUUAUAAAUUUGUUGACCAAUUUUGAUUUUUGUUCAUCUAUCUGGUAGAGCUACAUGAGGGUUUCCAAAUUUCCACACAGAAUUUUGAUAUUUUUUACUAGAAAAUUAUUUAUGCUAAUCUAUGCAAAAUUUAUUCAUAAAUCACAAAAAAUGCUUUUUCUCCUUCAUUUUUUUAUCAAUUUUAAUUUUGUGUGCUUUAUAUGAUAGCUCUCGGUGGGAUACAAAAUUUCAAUACAGAAUUUUGAAACUCAUUAAAUAUGCUAAUUUAUGCAUAUUUUUCAAAACUCACAAAAAAUAUUUAUUCAUUGACUGAUUUUGAUUUUUUUGUUCCAUCUGAGAGCUACAUGAGGUUCACCAAGGUUCUACACAGAAUUUAGAAAUUCUGACUAGAACAUUAUUUAUGCUAAUUUAUGAAAAAUUUACUCAUAAAUCACAAAAAAUGCUUCUUCUAUGUUAUUUCUUCAUCAAUUUCAAUUCUGUUUCCUCAAGUUAUGUCACCAAUAUAAUUCACUACAGUGUCAACUGGGCUGAAAUAAAAAAUUGUGUUAAAUUUCGUUGCAAGAUGCCGGAUGAGCUCCACAUCAUUGAUGUGCUAUUUAUUGUCUGCCAAUUGGAGAACAGAUCAAAUACUUAUUUUUAGUCAUGCUUAUCAAUAUUUCAUGUGAAAUGAAUUUGUGCAUUUCAUGUUAAUACAUGCACCAACAAGGUUCAUUAUUAUGAGGGACCUAAUAGAUCCCAGAAAAAUAAACAAGGUUUGUAAUCAUUUUCAAAAAGAAAAAGUGAUAAAAUAAUGUAUGUUGUUGAGUACAUUGAGUACACUGGCCGAAUUCACAGGAUUAAUGCAAAGGCACGAUGUCACAGUAAUGGCGUAACUUGCAUGCAUGUUAAAUGAAACACCCAUAAGCAAUUUUAGAUUUUCAGUUGAUGUACAGCUUUCUUUGCUGGGGUUAAAGGUGAUGGACCUUGCUUCGAAUAACAUUGUAAUUGGCUCUUAUCUUGAUUUGGAUGCUAUUUUGUUGUUUGCCUGAUACUAGCAUGUGAAGCACUCAAUAGUGCUGUAAAUUACCCAGUUAAAUGUAAGCAUAGUAUACAUAUACAUUUUCACUGUUCUGUAUGUCCACCACAAACAUGUGUAAGGGUAUUCUGAAAGUCAUUGAUUCUCAUUUUAGAAAAUCAUUGCUUACCUGUAGCUUUCAGAAGUAUUUGGAAAUUGCAUUUACAAUCUGGUUUUCACAUUUCAUUUCUUAAAAGAGAUGCAGUUUCUUAUGAAUUGUAAAUUUUUAUUUUAUGUGUUGAUAUUGAAAAAAAAAUCUAGCCCUACUCCUCCAACUUUCCAUGCAAUCAAGGUUAAAUGUUCAUAAAUUACAUUUUCAGUUCACUUGUGUUUUAUUCAUUCAAAACUUCUACAAUGUAUGUGACAACUAUGAGCACUAAAAGUUUAAUAGAUAAAAUUGUUUAUUUGUUCCAAACUUCUUUGAUAAAAUCAUAUCUUAGAAUCCUUUAAGGAAUAUAUUUCAUGUUGAAAUAAGAACUGUUUUAUGUUUCAUAUAAAUUGAAACAUCUUUAAUGAGCAAACUUUUAUUUGAUCAUAUGAUAUCCAUAUUUAUUGAUUCAUACUUACCAAAUUAUUUAUUACUCAGGUUUGAUAGAAUUUGAUGUCAACAAUGAUAUAUUUUUUGUUAGUUCAAGCAUGUAUAGAAGAGAACUGUUGCUGGGCUAGUACCAUGAGCAUCUUUUGCUGUUGUGCAUGCUAUUAUGAAUUGUUAUUAUUAAAAGUCAAUUUAUAUUUGAUGUAGAACUCAAUACACACUACUAGUCACAAUUCUCUGACUCAAUAUUACCUGUUUCAGCCAGAGAACAAUACUGCCGUACUGUGGCUAGAGGAAGCAACUUACAAAAGUAUUAUUUGUUGUGAAUGAGCAAUGUGUGUUCGUCAUUUACAUAGGUGUCAAUGCAAUUUAACAGCAUAUUUUCCUCAAUAUCUUUCCCUAGAACUAUCAUUUCUUCCCCAAAUUUUGCCUGAAUGUGCAACAUACAUGUACAAAGGGUGUUUAAGAAACGACAAUAACUCAAAUUUGACUUGUGCGUCACCUGCUUCCUUUUGCCAAAGUUGGGCAGAAUAUAUCUAUUGUUCUCUGGUUGAAACAGAUAAUAGUGAUUCAAAGAAUUGUGACUGGUACUAUAUGCCCAUAUUUUUAGCCCAUGCAGCCAGGAUUGGUAAGGUGAAAUUUCAUUAGGGUAUGGCAUCCAUUGUUCAGAUACUGUCAAAAAUGUCAAAAUGAUUAUUGCCAUAUCUCAUUUGAUUCCCUAUGUUAGAAAUGCUGAAAAUAUAAACUGGAAUUUUUAAGUUGUCAUCUCUUGGAGGUGAUAUUCUGCAUCAAUGAAUAAAAAAAAUCUUGAAAUCCACAAUUUCAAGAUGCAAGGAAUCUUA